AUGACUCAAAGUUACAAUCACACAAGCAUAUAUUCAGAUAUCAUCACAUUUUGUAUUGGGCACAAAGGAAAUUGUCCCGUUGGCUAUGUCAUAAGCCACCAACAUAUUUUGCUGCUGAAAAUUGCCCAAGAUGGUGGGCCCACCCUCCUCGGUGGCACCCAUGGCCAAGCACCCGACACCUCUGCUCACCACGAAGUAGCUCUCCUGCGGCAGCUCCACUUUGGCCCCCUCGAGAGCCGGGUCGAUUUUGCUCCCGUUGGCCGGCUGGAGAUUAAUCUUCUGGGCGAACUCCCGUUUCACGUCCUCGAACGCGCCCCUCUCGAGGAGCGUCAACGUGGUCCCCGUGUUGAUGAUCGCGGGCCCCGACCUGUCGACCCGCACCGGGUCCGCCCCACCCACGGCGACCCCCUCGAACCGGAUCCAAUAGAACGGGUCGGACCCGUUCACUAUGAGUCGGGUCGUGGGGGUGCGGAUGUCCGCCCGGGCACAGGCCCCAGCCCCGGGCCCCAUCUCGAGCACACCCUCCUCGUUCAAGCCGGGCGGCGGCAUGCAGUAGGAGAAUUCGGUCACGCCGAGUUGCUUGACAAAGGAGUGGCUCGUGGGUCCCAGGGCCAGGACCCCCGAGCUGCUGAAGAGGUCCCCACUGUUGUUGAGACUGCAUCCGAACAAGAGCUCAGGGACCGGGUCCAAGCCUUCCUCGAGCUGGAAGGUCUCGGUGGCAAGAUUCCCGAUGGACCAGCCGUCGUCAGCGUACAUCACGUUGUACGUGCAUUUGUCGUGUGCCCGUCCGUUGCUCGGGCAUUCCAAUUCGUUAAGUUUGUCGGCUUCGAGGGACACUUCUUCUUGCACGACGUGCAUUGGAUCCAUGUGAGGUUGGUGCCAGUGGACAUCAUGGCCCGGAAGGUUUGA